CUCCUCCUCUCCAGCUCUCCUCUCCUCUCCUCUCCUCUCCUCUCCUCUCUCCUCCUCUCCUUUCCUCCUCUCCUCUCCUUUCCUCCUCUCCUCUCCUCUCCUCCAUGUGCACUUCCUCUCUAUUGAGUAAAUCAGCCCCAUACUCUCCUCCCCUCCUCAACCCGGUGGUAUGGUCCGCCUCUCUUGGAGAGAGAGAGAGAGAGAGAGAGAGAGAGAGCUCAGUAGUCGGCUGCAGGUCGCUCUGCUCGGAGAGAAGAGAGACGCGCACAGCAGCUGAGGACACUAGAACCACUAGAACCAUCAGAACCGGUCUCUGUUCUCUGUUCUGGUCUCAUCUCCUCCUGGCUCUCACAUCAACUCUGGGAAUACAAACACCUUCAAAAGAAUCAGUUUGAAAAGGACCGACGGCCCUCUCAGCCCCCUCCCCUCAUCCCAGUGAUGCUUAGCUGCUGCAUCCCAGAGGCCCACCUUGGCAGUUAGAGGAGAGGUCAUCACCAUGACGGCGUCCUCGCAGGACUCCACCCCCUCGUCUAUGGCCGGCCUCUUCUUCCUGCUCCUCCUCCUCCUCCUCCCCCCGACGGUCUCCACGCAGGACGUCGCCGUCCCGACGACCCCGGCGUUGUUCGACCCGCUGACCCAACCGGAGUGCGUCAAGAAAGAGCAUCCGAAGGUUUCCGUCCAAGCUCUCAGUCCGUGGAUCUCGUCUUUCUCCCGCUCCGGCGUGAGAGACUUCUCCCAGCUGACCCUUGACCUGACGAGGAAUGAGCUGAUUGUGGGUGCCAGAAACCACCUGUUCAGACUGGACCUCAGCAACAUGUCGCUGAUACAGGCGACCGAAUGGGCACCGGACGAGGAGACCAGGCGGUCCUGUCAGAGCAAAGGCAAAACAGAGGUUGAAUGUCAGAACUACAUCAGAGUCUUGCUGGUGAACAAGACGGAGGUCAUGACCUGUGGAACCAACGCUUUCCAGCCGCUAUGCAUCACCCGAGAGGUGGGCAACAUGAGCAGCGUGCUGGAGCGGGUCAACGGCGUGGCGCGCUGCCCGUAUGACCCUCGUCACAACUCCACGGCGGUGGUGACGGAGAGCGGGGAGCUGUACGCCGCCACUGUCAUCGACUUCUCCGGCCGCGACCCCGUCAUCUACCGCAGCCUGGGCGGCAUGCCGCCUCUCCGGACGGCACAGUACAACUCCAAGUGGCUCAACGAGCCCCACUUCAUCUCGGCCUACGACAUCGGCCUCUUCACCUUCUUCUUCCUGAGGGAGAACGCCGUGGAGCACGACUGCGGCAAGACGGUCUAUUCCCGCGUGGCGCGAGUCUGCAAGAACGACAUCGGCGGGCGUUUCCUGCUGGAGGACACGUGGACCACGUUCAUGAAGGCGAGGCUCAACUGCUCGCGCUCCGGGGAGAUCCCCUUCUACUACAACGAGCUGCAGAGCACCUUCUACCUGCCCGAGCAAGACCUCAUCUACGGCAUCUUCACCACCAACGUGAACAGCAUUGCAGCGUCGGCGGUGUGCGCCUUCAACCUGAGCGCCAUCAGCCAGGCCUUCAACGGACCCUUCCGCUCCCAGGAGAACCCCCGCUCCACCUGGCUCCCAACCACCAACCCCAUCCACAACUUCCAGUGUGGUACCAUCGAUGACGAAGGUCCCAACGAGGGUCUGACGGAGCGCAGCCUGCAGGACGCCCAGCGGCUCUACCUGAUGAAUGACGUGGUCCAGCCGGAGUCCGUCGACCCGCUGGUCAUGCAGGACGACGUCCGCUUCUCCAACCUGGUGGUGGACAUCGUCCAGGGCAUGGACACCCUCUACCACGUCAUGUACAUCAGCACAGAGUAUGGCACCAUCUUAAAGGCGCUGGCGACGCCCAAUAAGAACCUUCAGGGUUGUUACCUGGAAGAGAUGGAGCUCCUCCCAGCCGGGGUGAGAGAACCCAUCCUGAGCCUGCAGAUCCUCCACAGCGACCGCUCGCUCUUCGUAGGACUCAACAACCGAGUCCUGAAGAUCCCUCUGGAGAGGUGCUCCACCUACAAAACCGAGACGCUGUGCUUGGAAGCGAGGGACCCCUACUGCGGCUGGGACUUCAGGCAGCGGCGCUGCACCACGCUGGAGGAGAGCUCCAACAUGAGCCAGUGGAAGCAGAACAUCACCGUCUGUCCGCUGCGGAACCAAACCACCAACGGCGGCUUUGGACCCUGGGCGCCGUGGCAACCCUGCAACAAUGACGACGGCGUGGACGGCGUGAGCUCCUGUUUGUGUCGCUCCAGGUCAUGUGACAGCCCCGGCCCUCGAUGUGGAGGCAGGAACUGUGAGGGCCCCACCAUCGAAGUGUCCAACUGCUCCAGAAACGGAGGCUGGACGCCUUGGUCGUCAUGGGGACAGUGCAGCACAACCUGCGGUACGGGCUUCGAGCUGCGCCAGCGUUCCUGCAACAACCCGUCGCCACGACACGGCGGCCGAGUGUGUGUGGGGCCGAGCAGGGACGAGAGGUUCUGUAACGAAGGCGUGUCGUGUCCUCAGCCCAUCUUCUGGUCCCCGUGGGGCUCCUGGACCAAGUGCAGCACAGAGUGCGGCGGCGGCGUCCACUCCAGAGUACGCACCUGUGAGAACGGCAACAGCUGCCCGGGAUGUGCUCUGGAGUACAAGGCGUGUAACCUGGAGGCGUGUCCGGAGGUGAAGAGGAACACGCCGUGGACGCCCUGGAUGCCCGUCAACGUGACGCAGGGCGGGGCUCGCCAGGAGCAGCGCAUGCGCUACAUGUGCCGGGCUCACCUGUCCGACCCCCACGAGCUGCAGAUCGGACGCAGGAAGGUGGAGACGCGCUUCUGUCCCAACGACGGGACGGCGGCCUGCGAGACGGACACGCUCGUCGAGGAGCUCUUGAAGACGCCGGUGGUGAGGGUGGCGGGCGCCGGCUGGUCGUCGUGGGAGACGUGGUCGAGCUGCUCGCAGAGCUGCGCCAAAGGUUACCGAACCCGACGGAGAACCUGCGGCGGACCGGAGGGGAAGAGCGCCCCUGUCGCCUGCCGAGGGUCGCCGGUGGACUACCAGGACUGUAACGUCCAGGCGUGUCCCGUUAAAGGUGCGUGGUCCUGCUGGUCGUCCUGGUCCCAGUGCUCCGUGGGUUGCGGCGGCGGUCACUACCAACGCACGCGCUCCUGUAACAGCCCGGCGGCUGCCAACGGAGGCGACAUCUGCAUCGGACUGCACACCGAGGAGGCGCUGUGUAACACGCACACCUGCGACGAUGUGGCGAGGAGGGAGCAGAUGGUGCGGCCGGAGCGGCGGGCUGAUACGGAAGGUGGCUGGAUGGCGUGGUCGCUGUGGUCGGCCUGCGAUGAUUCAGGCUUGCAGAUGAGGAGUCGGGCGUGCGGCGCUCAGGGCAGCACGCCGUGUGUCGGGAACGGCACCCAGCGCAGAGACUGCAACGAAAUACCCGUCAUCCUCCCUGCAUCUGGUUUUGAUAAGGACCAACACUGUGGAGCAUUCACCUCCAUCCACCUGAUCGCCACCGGUGUUUCCUGUUUCCUCGGCGCCGGGCUGCUGUCCUUCCUGAUCUACGUCUACUGUCAACGUUUCCACAAGCCGUCGCAGGAGUCCGCCGUCAUCCACCCCACCACGCCCAACCACCUCAACUACAAGGGCAACACCACGCCAAAGAACGAGAAGUACACCCCCAUGGAGUUCAAGACGCUCAACAAGAACAACCUGCUGCCAGACGAACGCUCCAACUUCUACCCGACGCCGCUGCAGCAGACCAACGUCUACACCACCACCUACUACCCCGCGGCGCUCGGCAAGUACGACUACCAGCCCAACUCCUCCCCCUCGCCAUGCAGGACCUACAACCAGAACAACAACAGCUGAGACACGCCCCCCCCUGCCGCCUCCGACGGACGCCACCCCCGUGACAUAACCGAACCCACAUGAACUGUUCUUCAGAGCUCGGCCUCUGUUCAUCAUCGCCCCCUCUCCUCCUCGUCUCUUCCGCAUGGUGGCGUUUUGAGGGCAUUUCUGGAACUUUCCAUCAGAUGUUGGGUUUGGAUGGCGACGGCGAGGCCCAGGUCCUGGUGCAGACGGGGACUUAUGCAACCAGCUGGGGGGGCAGGGUGUUAUCGUAAGGGGGCCUGACUGGAUUUAGCCGUGUCAACUCAGAGCUUCAUGUGUGGAUCUAGCAGAACACCGAGUCAAACAAAACUUAGCAUUUCUCUGGAUCUGGAUCACCGCUUCACACCUCCUCUCCGUUACUAACAUCUUCAGCUUGGAAUGAACUUGCGAGUCCCUCGACAACAGAAGCAGUUACUGAGAACAAACGCCGCGUAUCGUGAUGUCCUUGGCGCCGAGCGAGAGAACGACAACAAAGGAGGAAACUCAGUGAAGUCGAUGAUGAUAUAAUGGUUGUCGGGGGGGCGGAUGCACGCCCUCCGUCACGUGGCAGGAAAGAGUCACAACACUAAAACAUCCGCCUGAGUUGGACGCCUGAGUUGGACGCCUUUCGUGGACGCUCGUGAAAGUCAGAACAAGGUGGAUUAUGGGCCGUGGUGUGAACUGUACAUACAGCUUUGGGAAUGCCUUGGGUGCCUGUAUGCAAUAGAGGGCAGAGGCCACAUUUCUUUUUCUUUCUAUUUCUUCACUUUUUAUUUUUUUCCAAGAACAAUAAAAGACUUGUGAAAAGUGAAUUGAUUGAUUCUCCAAUCGAUUCUCAUAUUGAUUCUACUGAGUGCUAAAUAGCUCGGUGGUCAUAUCACAUAUGGCCAGUGUGCUGACAAACAACUGGAUCGGGGGGUUCUUUUCUAUGAUGGUAGAAUAAGCUAGUAGACUUGUUCUUAUUUUGUUUUUUAAGAUGUUUCUUUUAUUCUCAAACCUGAGCUGUAGCAUAGGAGGACAUAUUUUGUUAAAUAGCUGAUUAAUUCUCUAAUUUCACUUCACUGAAUCUUGAUUUUUCCAGAUGUUUUGGUAACCGUUGCAUCUUCAAAAUGUUCACAUAAAAAUGAUUUUUACAAAGAAUGACUGAAACAAAACACGUCGGCGUCGAAAUGCUUGGAAAGAUCAAACGGAGUGCAUGUGAGUGUAGAUGUUUGUGUACGUGCAAACACGUGUACUCUUUAUCUCUGCGUGUCCUGAAUGAGCAUAGCUGUAUUUUGUACAAUGUAAAUGCUUUCAUACACAUGACUAUAUAUAUACGACGAGGAUUAUUUUGUGCAUUGUUUUCCACGUUCUGUCGCUGACACACUACUGUUUUUUCUAUAUUUCAUGUACGAGAUGUUAAUCAUAAGUUAAAGCAUCGCGUGUACACUAUUUAUAGUCAAAGCUUGGUUUAUAAAGGGCAUUUUCACAGCUAUAUUUUAUUAUUAUUAUUAUUAUUGCCUGAUCGAUGAAUGCUAACCCAGCAAUGCUUUUCAGUUCAGCUACUGUACAUGCACGAAGACGAGAGCUCUAUCUGUAUAUAGGAGCCCUCUGCAGCCCGUUUAAUGAAUGACCCUGCGGAGGAUGUGUAAAUCUAUCUGUAUAUUGUAUAGCUAACACUGUUUGUUUAAAAAAAAAAAAAAAAAAAAAGCCUUAUAGUUGUUUAAAAAAAAGUGCAGCAGCUAAGUACACACCAACCAUGAGGUUUGUUUGGGGGACGGAGCUCCACAAUGUGGCUUGUGACCUCCACCAGCUGCUCACACAUCCCAGAGACUGAAUAAUAACUCUGAUAAUAUGAGACGGUAUCAAAUAUUACAGACUGAAAAUAUGAAGUCGUUUUGAUCUCUAAACUCCGCCUCUAUCGGCGCCGUCUGAAAGCCGGUCAUGUGAUUGGUCGGUGUGGAGCCCCGUCCCCUGCCAUGUGAGGCUCUGUGCCCUUCUAUGCAACUUACCAGGUGUACUGUUAGACCUGUCAUGUAGACUGUAAUCACUGCCUUUUAGACACUGUGAAUUUUUUGGUACCCUAUAUUUUUGUAUAUUGUACAUUAUAAAAGGAUAAUAAACCUUGAUGCCAACUCAA